CUAAGAGACUCUUUGGGCAGCAGCGGACCAAUCACAGCGAACGUGUCCAUGUUUUGGAGGAAGUGUAACUUGUGCGAGCUAGUUAGCUAACCAACCGCUUUGUUUUUCGACCCAGAACAGAGCUUCUAUUUUAUUUUCGCCAUGUGAACGUAUCUUCAGUACGGGUGGUUAUCGUAGCGUUGGAAUAGGUGAAUUUAGUUACUGAGUUAGCUGUAACUUGUCUCAAAUUAGCCACAUGCUAAUCGAGCUAAUGUAAACAGCACAUAGCAGUUUGAGCCGCUCGAGUUUGAACUGCCAGGAGAGAGUUCAGCUGGUUCAUCAUGAAGAUCAAUAAGUCAUACAAACUCGUGCUGCACAAGAAAGGUUUUGGAGGAAGCGAUGAUGAGUUGGUUGUCAACCCAAAAGUUUUCCCUCAAGUCGGUCUGAGGGACAUAAUUGAGAUCGCACAUCCCACAGAUGAAUACAGUCCGCUCCUGCUGCAGGUGAAGAGCUUAAAGGAGGAUCUGCAGAAAGAUUCGAUCAGCGUGGACCAGACUGUAGCUCAGGCCUUCAAGCUUCGUGCCUACCAGGAUGUCAUCGUUAACAUCGUCGACCCGAAGGACGUGACGCUGGACCUGGUGGAGCUGACGUUCAAGGACCAGUACAUCGGCAGAGGAGACAUGUGGAGGCUGAAGAAGAGUCUGGUGAGCACAUGCGCUUAUGUGACCCAGAAGGUGGAGUUUGCAGGAAUCAGAGCUCAGGCCAGUGAGCUCUGGGUGAAGGGAGAGAAAGUGACCUGUGGGUACAUCAGUGAAGACACCAGAGUGGUGUUCAGAUCCACGUCUGCCAUGGUUUACAUCUUUAUCCAGAUGAGCUGUGAGAUGUGGGACUUUGACAUCUACGGUGAUCUCUACUUUGAGAAGGCUGUGAACGGUUUCCUGUCUGACCUCUUUGCCAAGUGGAAGGAGAAGAACUGCAGUCAUGAGGUGACAGUCGUGCUUUUCUCACGUACGUUCUACAGCGCAAAAACUCUCGAGGAAUUUCCAGAGAUUUUGAGAGGAUGCAUCAGACAGGAUCACGAAGGACGCUUCUAUGAAGACUUCUACAGAGUCGUGGCUCAGAACGAGAGGCGGGACGAGUGGACGUCACUCCUGGUCACGAUAAAGAAGCUGUUCAUCCAGUAUCCUGUUCUGGUGCGGCUGAAGGAAGCAGAUGGUUUUCCUGUGGGUUUUAACUCCACUGCUGCUCAGGGAAACUAUCUGGAGGCCAUUAACCUGUCCUUCAAUGUGUUCGACAAGCACUACAUCAACCGUAACUUCGACCGCACCGGCCAGAUGUCGGUGGUCAUCACACCCGGCGUCGGAGUGUUCGAAGUCGACCGUCUGCUCAUGAUUCUCACCAAACAGAGAAUGAUUGACAACGGCAUCGGUGUAGAUUUGGUGUGUAUGGGGGAGCAGCCGUUACAUGCGGUGCCGUUAUUCAAGCUGCACAACAGGACGACGCCUGGAGACUCGCGCGUGGGAGACGACUACAACCUGCCUCACUGGAUCAACCACAGCUUCUACACCUCCAAAAGUCAGAACUCUUGCAGCUCCUUCACACCUCGAAUCAAACUGGCCGGUCGUAAGCUUCACGCUGAAAAAUUCAAGAGCAGCAAAGAGCACACUCUCUGCGCACCAAAGGACUCGGACAACAGUCUGCUGAUACAGGUGGACUACGACGCCUACGACGCUCAGGUGUUCCGACUUCCAGGUCCAUCACGAAUACAGAGGAGCACCAACUUCAGGAUGGGUCGGGAUAAAGAGACGAGCGGGAGGAAGAGUUGGGGCUCGGUGGACGUCAGCGCAGGCGUCGGUGCCUCCCCUCCUGUUCGGUCCGGAGGUCCCGAGGAGCAGCGUAGUCUGGCCUCCGAUGACAGUCUGGGUCCGGUGUCCAACAUGCUGCUGAUUCCUCGCAUGCCUCCCGCUCAGUAUGAAGUCAGCAGUUCAUUGGGAUACACCAGCACCAGAGAGUUGCUCGAGAAGAUGAUGGACUCUCAGCGGGACUCCAGCGCCCCCGGCAGGUUCACGGUGGGCAGCGCUGAGUCCACGCUGCACAUCCGUCCGGGAGGCUACACCCCUCAGAGAGCCCUCAUAAACCCCUUCACCCCGUCCAGGAUGCCUAUGAAGCUCACCUCCAACCGCCGCCGCUGGAUGCACACCUUCCCCGUCGGUCCCUCUGGGGAGGCCAUCCAGAUCCACCACCAGACCAGACAGAACAUGGCUGAGCUUCAGGGCAGCCAGCAGCGAGAUCCGGCCCACACCUCCGCUGAGCUGCUGGAGCUGGCGUACCACGAGGCCACCGGGAGGCGAACGACCUCCAGGCAUGCAGGAGAGAACGGCCUCUACACCGCUGGAGGGACGGAGGAGUUCACAGGAAGCCCCAGCAGCAGCAGCCACAGUGGAACCCUCACCAACCGCGGCGCCUCAUUUCAAGAACAUUCCCCCGGCGGUACCGAUCCAACCCUGCUGCUGUCUGCGCCCCCGACAGUGCCGAGCUUCUGCUGCACGGUGGGGGUGGACUGGAAGUCUCUGACCACGCCGGCCUGCCUCCCCCUCACCACCGACUACUUCCCCGACCGCCAGACGCUGCAGAACGAUUACACCGAAGGCUGCUACGACCUGCUGCCGCACAGCGACCUGGAGAGGCGAGAAGAUGAAGCUCCAGUGAUGAGCGCCUCUCAGGUGUUUGAGGAGUUUAUCUGUCAGAGGCUGAUGCAGGGAUACCAGAUCAUCGUUCAGCCAAACAGGAAGCCUCAGCCAGCUGUGGCCACACCUCUGGGCAGCAGCCCUCUGUACUCCAGAGGCCUGGUGUCUCUGCGUCGAGCGGAGGAAGAGGAGACGGUUUACUGGCUCAGCAUGGGCCGGACCUUCCAUAAAGUCUGCCUCAAAGACAAGAUCAUCACCGUGACUCGAUACCUGCCCAAAUAUCCGUAUGAGUCGGCUCAGAUCCAGUACAGCUACAGCCUCUGUCCUCCACACUCCGACGCUCAGUUUGUCUCCUGCUGGGUGGAGUUUGGACACGAGAGACUGGAGGAAUACAAGUGGAACUACCUGGACCAGUACAUCUGCUCUGCUGGCUCCGAGGACUUCAGCUUGACGUACUCGCUGAAGUUCUGGAGGACUCGCUUCCUGCUGCUGCGGCCGGGGGGUCGGCGGGUGGGCGGACGGGGAGGCCACUGGGACGUUUACGGGGAGGGAGCCGGCGCCGGGAUGGGGGGCAGCGGGGACUGGGUCUUACUGGACGGCUUCAUUCGCUUCCUGGAGGGCCUCAACCGCAUCCGGAGACGCCACCGAUCGGACAGGAUCAUCAGGCAGAAAGGAACUCCGAUGAAAGGCCUUCAGGUCACCAGUCCUCUGCCUCCGUAUCCCACAGAAGCUUUACCGCCACCGCAAGGAAAGAAAGGCACGUCGGCCUUAUCGGCCCUGCUGGAGAUGGAGCAGAACCAGAAGACUCUGGAGGAGCAGCGUGAAGCUUCAUCGGCUGUCAGUGACUCUUCCAGCGUCGCCUCAGCUUCCACAUAUGUAGACAGCCCUCGCAAAGACGCUGCCUAUUUGGAUUUUAUUCGUAGCCCUCGCUCCUCCUACAUCUAUCACUCUCAGCUGCCGACUGAAACCGGUGAAGCUGCUGAUAAUAAAGGAGCUCAACCUGGAGUUCUACCUGGAGCAGCAGCUCAGCCUGCAGCAGAGAAUACAGCAAACACAGCAGACACCAGCGGCCAGUCUGCGGCUGGAGUUCUCUCUCUGUCCUCUUCCUCAACACUCCUAGAGAUCCUGGAGGCCAUCAAACAUCCCACGACGGGUGUACAGCUGCUCCCGGAGCAGAAAGGUCUUCCACUCAACUGCUUCAUCAGCGCAGAGGUUGUUCAUUGGCUGGUUAAUAACGUGGAGGGCGUGGCCACUCAGGGCAUGGCUGUGGACAUCAUGCAGAAAAUGCUGGAUGAAGGUGUGGUGGCCCACGCUUCAGGAGACGCCAUGAGAACCUUCGUCUACGGCUUCUACUUCUACAGGAUAGUAGGAGAGAAGGACGGUCUGACCUCUCAGCUCCCCUCCACGGCGGCUGGAGGCUGGUCAGCUGCAGCUCUGGAGGACUUCGCUCUGUUCCAGAGGAAGUGGUUCGAGGUGGCCUUCGUGCUGGAGGAGCGGCGGCCCUGCGACCUCCCGGCCUUCCUCCUGCCCUGGCUGCCCAGCCGGCCGGCCUCCUACGCAAGUAGGCACAGCUCCUUCAGCCGCAGCUUUGGAGGACGCAGCCAGGCGGCCGCUCUGCUAGCCGCUACAGUCCCAGAACAGAAGACUGUCACUUUGGACGUGGACGUCAACAACCGCAGCGACAGAACCGAAUGGUGCAGCUGUUAUUACCACGGAAACUUCUCGCUCAACGCCGCCUUCGAGAUCAAACUGCACUGGAUGGCCGUUACUGCAGCAGUUCUCUUUGAGAUGGUUCAAGGCUGGCACAGGAAGGCAGCCUCCUGUGGUUUCCUGUUGGUUCCUGUGCUGGAGGUUCCUUUCGCUCUGACGUCUUACCUCUAUGGAGAUCCGCUCAGAGCUCAGCUGUUCAUCCCUCUCAACAUCCACUGUCUGCUCAAAAACAGCAGCGACAACCUGUUUGAAGGUUUUGAACCAGAGACGUACUGGGACAGGAUGCAGCUCUUUCAGGAGGCCAUACUGUACAGAUUCGGCUUCGUGCAUGACAAGUUUUCUGCUUCUACGUUUAAUUUCCCUUCUGAGAACAAGCCUCAGUACAUCCACGUAACAGGUACUGUGUUCUUGCAGCUGCCGUACUCUAAGAGGAAAUACUCGAGCGGUCAACAGCGCCGCCGUAGAAACUCCACCACCUCCAACAGCCAGGGUCCGUUUGGCAGCGAGGAGCGGGUCGGCUACUACUGGGCCUACAACACCAUGCUGACCAAAGCCUGGAGGACCGGAGUGCUGGGAGACGAGAGGCUGGCCGACCGCCUGCUGAGAGACUUCACCGACUUCUGCAGCAACAAGGACAACAGGCUGCUGAACUUCUGGGACAGCUGCCAGGAGAAGAUGAACGCCAGCGCCCCCUAACAGGAGGACAGAGGACUGCAGGAAGACUUGAAAGAAGAAGAAGAAGAAACGAGGACUGAGAAGAUUGUGAAGAGGAUUUUUAACUUAUUUUCAUCCUGCAACAUGUUGAACAGUAUUUAUGCUCUUCUGAAGCACUGGACUCUGUAAGGAGCAGUUCUAAUAAUAUCUGCUGAGAUAAUUAUUGAAAUUACAAGCUGCUGUUCUGUAUGAAACCUCCGAACUGACUGAAGGCUGUAACAGACACUGGAUACAUCAAAAUAAAUAAUUAAAAAGGUAUCAAUGAAAACUACAAA